AUGACGAAGCGCACUAAGAAAGUCGGCGUUACCGGUAAAUAUGGUGUCAGAUACGGUGCCUCGCUCCGAAAGCAGGUGAAGAAGAUGGAAGUCACCCAGCACGCCCGUUACAUCUGCACAUUCUGCGGCAAGAACAGCGUUAAGCGCACUGCUGUUGGUAUCUGGGAGUGCCGUUCCUGCCGCAAGACCGUCGCCGGAGGUGCUUGGACUGUCUCCACCGCUGCAGCUGCCACCACCAGAUCAACCAUCCGACGUCUACGAGAAAUCGCUGAGGUAUAA